UCCACAGACACAUUGUAUUUAAGCUUAAAAUAAUGUGGAAAGUGGUGUUGUUCGGAAAAAAAUUCGCUAGUUAAGUUCGAACUUACCUUUUUUUGAAAGUAUAUAAAAAAAUUCUUACACUUACCCCCCCCCCCCCCAACUUUCAAUUUGCUUCUGACGCCAAUGGAUCUUUUUACACGCCUUUUGUAGAGAAUGUUUUCCGAAUAUAGUUUUUUUUCUAUAACCCCAUGGUCAACAAUUGAAAGAAAUCCUUAUAAAUAGUGAGUUUUAAAAUAUCAAUAUAAUAAAGUAUUGCCCUGAGCACUUAAAAAAAAGAUCCUGUUUAUAACCACAAAUUAAACGAUAAACCCUGUCUUAAGUUCCAGUCGUAUAUCUUCCCAAUAUUUAAAUAUUCACUCCUGAGCCUAAUUGAAAAUAAAACAAUUAUUGAUAUAUCUAAGCUCUAUCAGCUUUUAGAAAAAAAAUCUUUCAAUAAAAGAUGUUCUCAUAUAUCUCCAUGCAAAGAAAGACAAAUAUUAAAUUUUACCUUCAUUAUCUCCGGGUGAAAAAAAAUGUAAAACGGUGACAGAUAGAUACAUGUACAAGUAACAGAAAAACCUUAUUUGAAUAUUUUGUUCAGUUCCCAAAAAUGCGGUACAGAUUUAGACUUGAAUCUAAUUUUAAUCACCUGUAAAAUGUUGAUUGAUUAUUUAGCGAAGCACUAAUUCUGCCUUUAACACCUUUGUAAAGAAUAAAGCUAUAAUUUAAUUUUUUAAAACACUUUCAUCAUUCGAAUGCAAACUUUGAUCUUGUGUAAUAUUAUUUCAUUUCAAAAGAAUGGCACAGAUAAAUUUCUAAGACUUUGGUUUCACUGUGGACUCCUGUCCUGGUAACAAGACAGAGUACACAGCCUCGGCCACCAGACUGGGGUGUGGUGUGGAUGAGAAUGGUCGGAGUCAGUACGUCUGUGUUCCCAAUCACCAGAGGUCAGGCCUGGUGGAGUUCUGUUAUAAGUCAACAGCACUGUAAAAAAAAUAAUUAGUUAAAGUCACGAAGAAAAAUAGUAAAUUUACUGUCCAUACAAUUACUACCUUAAAAGUAGUUUUACCAGAUAUUUGUAUUUUUACUAGAUAAGAUUAGUAAAUUUAGAAUUGAUAUAAGUAACAACUCCCUAUCUUAACCAGUAAAAUCAAAGUUUACAAAUCAGGACCAACGCUUUACGAGGUACACUAGUUAAAUUCACUAGGUUUUUCUUUAAGUGAGUUCCAUUUUAUCAAAAAGGUACAUAUUUUCUUGCGCAUAAAUUACUUCAAAAUUGUAAUAAUCUAAAUUUGCACUCUAGUCACUGUGAUUUUUCUGCAUACAGGAAAUUGCAUAGAGGUUUACGAAAGUGGAAAUUUGGAUUAAACCAGCUGUCUCCAUUUCACAGAUGGAUGUCCAGAUAACCAUUUCUUUUUCUCUGAUCUGUACAAAUACCGAUAUCAUCAGAGGUUGAAAACAAGUGUUGCCAUCCCUCACAAGCCAAGCGGAAAUCAGGCUCAAACAAAAAUGUAUAAAAAAACAACUACAAUAAUUUGGUGGAGAAUCUUUAUUGUCCCGGACCAUGGAUCUCAGAAGUGGGCGUCAGACGAAUUUUCAAGGAAUGCUCCCAUCGGGAUCAACCACCCCAACAGCACCGCCUUCUGUUAGACUACAAGGAUUGAUGAGGGCAACUAGGCUCCUCCAGGAUACGCCGAUUGUUAGAGAUGCUUUGUGCCAAAAUUGGUUGAAAUUGGAUAAUUAAGCUGUUCAAGAAAAGAAGCUGAAAUGGUUCAAAAGAUUAGGGAGCAGACAGACAGGAAGCACAACGUCGGACAAUAACAUAUAACAAUAGGAGAGGAUAGCCGACCUUCAGAGUUAUGUGGAGGCCCUCAAACAGGAAAACUCACAGCUGGAAGGCAACACAGCUAGAACUUUUGACUCCUCAGGCUCCAGUGGGACCAGAAGGGCCGAUUGGUGAUAGUGGGAAAAGUGUGAGAGAAUUAGAGAAGACGAUAGCCCUCCUAAAAAAGGAUAUGGCCACAUUUAAAAUGGCUGCCCUUCAGAAAGCUAUAGAGGAUUCUGUACCAGCAGCAGACCUGGAAUUGAUGAACAAACGUUAUCAUGACUUGACAGAGAAAUACAGAGACACAUUAGAGAAAGGGAACACACUGGUGUCUAAAGCUGUAGCCCUGGUAGGAUUAGAGAAUGAGGUGAAGAGGUUGACAGAAGAUAACGAGGUUUUGAAGAAGACACUUGGUCUUGAGAAAGAAAAACUUCAUGCUUUGGAAGCAGCAGUGGAGGACCUACAUAAGAAAG